AUGGCUUCUUCCUCUGCUAACCAAAUUCUACUCUUCUUCUUCUUCUGCUUCUUCUUCCUCUUUUUCCUCCAAAUCCAUGCAAGAGACAGCCGCCAGUUCUUCAGCAAAACCACCAGAGAACCAGCGACCGAAGCCUUUGCCCCCUCAGAAACAACCACCAAAGCCCACCAAGAUACCCCCACACUAACACCUCAAAACCACAACAAUAACAACAACAACGGAUAUGGCCUCUACGGAACCAGAACCACCGUCGGCACCUACAACUACAAUGGAGGCCGCAGUCGUCCUGCCGACGUUGACUCCCAGGAGUCCAGCGAAGUGUACAGCAACCGGCCGAGCGAGUUCGAGAACCAGUUUGAUCGUGACGCGCAAAGCUUGUACAAUGCUCACGACGAUGAAAGAAAUUACAAGUAUCCUGAUAGUCGUCGUUCGAACAGUAGAUGGAAGGGAAAUGCUCAAGGGUACGGGGUGUAUAAUUAUAAUGGCGGAACAAGUGGCGGCUACUACGAGAGUAGUGGGAGGAGAUCAUACAGUUAUGGGAAUGGCUACGGUAGUCAUAACAAUGCCGCGGAAGAAGAAGAGUACCAGAACAAGAACCAAGAGAUGGAUCAGGAGAACCAAGAGGAGUUCGCUCCUUGA